AAUUUAAUAUAAAUAAAGCUUCUCAAAAUUAACUUUUACUUUAACUUGAGUUAAAUUAAUUUUAACGAAAUUUUAACUGAGUUAGGUUUUUAUUUAUGUAACGUUUAACUAAACUGAAUUAGUUUUACAAUCCAUUAGCUUUAAUUUAAUUUAGUUAAAAAAAUGUAUUAACUUACUCAACCCUGCUAUCUAGAUUUAUCAAAGUGUAAAAGUCCUUAUUCGAGAAUCGAUACUCGAAUCGAUAACGGAAACUAUGUUUUAGAAUCGUGGACACAAGUCUUAACUCCUAACUGUCGUGUACUGAAUCUUCCAAAUGUCACGCAGGCAGACUCAAAUUGGUUCUGAGGGGAAAAGUUACUCGUUUCUUUCAACUUGAGGUUUUAGGACGCAUUUACGAUAUUAUUUAAUAUCUACAGUAUUACAUACGCUUUGUAUUUUAUAUAUGUUAUUAACAAGUGUUAUUAACAAGUGUUAAUACGUGUUAUCAACAAGUUUAUAAUUAUGUUUCGCGUUCAAGAGAAAGAAGGAGAUGAAAGUUAUAAUUCGUUCAGAUGGCAGCUUUUGUUGCGAUCAUGCACCGAAUAUUUAGAGAUAAAAACCGAGAAAAGUGGCCAUAUCGAUCCUAGCAUUCAUCCGGCUAAAGUAGAUUUUAUGUUCAGCAAAAAGAUAAAGAUGCUAAUCACUAAUUACUUGUACGAAAGUUUUUUGCUGUAUACUGAAGAUGGAGAAGGAUAUAGUUGGUAUAACCGGCGUCUUUAUAGCGGGCCUUUUAGAGAUGACGAAAGAUUUGAAAUCGAAAACAGAGGAAAUUUAAACGACGUUACAGAGAGAUUAUCUAAGAUAGAUUAUUAUUAUUCUCAGAGACUUGAUUGGAUGAGCAGUACACGCAUUGUGAAAACUGCAAUUUGUGGUUUUACCUUUCUCAUUUUAACUGAUGAUGAAAAAUUAUAUUACCACUACGGCCAUGUACAAAUGUGUCAGUAUUUGGCUCAAAUGAAUAUUAAAGGGAAGAUUACAUCCUUUGGUUGCGGUCAGAAUUUCUUUGUGGUGGCCACCGAUCUCGGCGAAACAUACACUUGGUCUCUAAAAUGGUACGGACAAAUGUUUAUAUCUCCCUUCACGAUAGAAGAACCAGAUACAGUGGAGGAACUCUCCAACAAAACAAUAGUUAAGGUAGUCUGUGGAGAUGGGCACACACUUGCACUGAGUGACCGAGGGAAAGUUUACGCUUGGGGUAGAAAUGAUAAUAAACAAUCGAAUCCCGAUAUCGAUUUCGGCUGCAUCACUUCUCCUGAGAAGGUGAAUAUACCUAAUGUAGAGCAAGUGUCGGACAUUGCUGUUAUGAGAAAUUCAAGUUUUGCAAAGUCCAGCGAGAAUGGACUCGUUUAUAUAUGGGGACCUCUUGUGUUUGACAAGUUCGUUUGCGAGUUUGCUGUCUGCGAGUAUACAAACGUAUUUGACGUGUGCAAUUCGAUGACGGGUCAAUCGCCAACUACCUCGGACCGUCAUGUGCACACAGACGGAGAAUUUAACAUAUUGAAUAAUUUGGAAGCUAUAUUCGACGAUCCUUGGACGAGCGAUUUUAUGAUAAAAGUCGAGACGAAAACUAUUUACGUCCACACAGCUAUCCUGAAAAUUCGUACUUCACAAUAUUCGUUUUUCAGAAGUAUAUUACAUUCUAAUAUGAUAGAAAACAAUCAAUGGUCUGUGACAUUUAAUCGUUAUUCGUAUGACAUGUAUAAAGCUUAUUUAAAAUAUUUCUAUACCGGUAAAAUCGAUUUCUCAUGCGUAGAAGAUCUGUUGGUUCUUCUAGUAAUGGCCGAUCAGUACUGUGACGAAAAUAUUAAAAGAGAUUGUAUUCGAAUGAUAAAGAAAGAAAUUACUGUAUCAAACGUAUUUCUUAUUUUCAAAGUGGCAACACACUUUAGUGAGGAAUUGGAGAAGUAUUGCAUUAAAUUUUAUUUGAAAAACGCAAAUGAUAUAUUGAAGACGGACAGUUUUACACAGUUAGAUUUACAUACGGUAAUUGAGUUUUCAGAAAGAGCCGCUAAUCUCUUUCCACGUAUUUUUGAAAAUUAAUACUAUACAUAGAAACAUUAAUUUUAUUAUCAAGAAAAGAGAUUUACUCUUUUUUUUAAUAAGUAACUGUUAUCUUUAUCAAGGAAUAUUUUC